AUGCAGUUCACCUCCUACCUCGUCUCGGCCAUGCUGGCCGUCACGGCCGUGGCCUCCCCCACGCCCGUCAGCAUCGACAAGCGUGCCACCAAGAUGUGCGACGCCUUCGGCUCCGUCGCCACCGGCGGCUUCACCAUCUACCACAACAACUGGGGUGCGGCCCAGGCUACCUCCGGCAGCCAGUGCACCACCUUCGAGUCCCUCAAGUCCGGCUCCGUCGCUUGGUCGACCUCCUGGACCUGGGCUGGUGGUCAGGGACAGGUGAAGUCCUACUCCAACGUUGCCCUCGAGAAGGUCAACAAGCAGCUCUCCGCUGUCAAGUCCAUCCCCUCCAAGUGGACCUGGAGCUACACCGGCUCCAACAUCGUUGCCGAUGUCGCCUACGAUCUCUGGCUCGCCCCCUCCGUUGGUGCCAACAACAAGUACGAAAUCAUGAUCUGGCUCGGCGCCCUCGGCGGUGCUGGCCCCAUCUCAAGCACUGGCAAGACCAUCGACACUCCCACCAUUGCCGGCACCAAGUGGUCCCUCUACUCUGGCCCCAACGGUGACACCACUGUCUACUCUUUCGUCGCCCCCAGCCAGAUCAAGAGCUUCAACGGCGACUUGAACCUCUUCUUCACCUACCUCACCUCCAAGCAGGGCGUUGCCAAGACCAACGUCAUCACCAGCCUCCAGGCCGGCACCGAGCCCUUCUCCGGCACCAACGCCGUCUUCAAGACCUCCGCCUACACCCUCACCGUUCAGUAA